AUGGGAAACGACGACGCCAUUGAUGAGGAGAAGCUCAUCUUGUGUUGUGCGCUUUGUUGCGCCAACGUUUCGAUUCUGCCGAGCUGUGGAUGUUUCGGAUGCAGCGGAAAGGCCGGCAUCUGUUGCUUAAACUUGGAAUGCUGCUUCAAGCCGGGCGCCCCUUGUUUGACACCCUUUUGCUGCCUCGGAUGCAAGUGUGAGACCGACGGUUGUUCCGUACUGAAUUCGCAAUGCCAUGCCCUCUUUUUGGUGUGCACAUGCGCCAUUCCCUGCAACGAAGAAGUGCCCCUGGCAUUGUCGAUUGCCGGUCUCACAAUUUACCCCCAGUGCGGUUUUUGCAUCAAGCAAAAAGCCUUGAAGGAAGACAUGCAGCGUUAA